AUUGGACAGACAACGUUUACGUGUAGGGCCUGCCAAAGUAAAUUCGACCAUUAAUGCAGAAUUCUCAUCUACUCUUAAGCCAAGAGAUUUAAAACACAAGUCAAGCCAUUCCUGACCAUUUGUUUGAGGGUUGAUAUUCACAGAAUUUCAAUGCAUUUCAGAAAUCUUUUAACACGGGUUGGAUAUUGUUGAGAAGAACAUUGAAGUAACCAGAAAAUACAUGAGUGCAUCGAAAUUUAAUGGCAAGUAGCAGUAGACUUUAGGGUUAAUGUGUUGGUCAAACCUUUUUGGGGAGUGUUCUCCAUGAAAGUAGGAUAAAAGUAUCGGGUUUUCAUCGAAAUCUUUGGAAGACUUCCACCUACAAUAGUUUUCAAUUACCCUACUUUUGCAAGCAGAUGUUGACAAAGGCGCAAAACCCUAAUAUAUUGCUUUUGGUACCCUUCAACAGCUGCCAAUAUUUGUGAAGAUCUGGUGUGAGAAAAUAUCUGGUGAAAAGAUCAAACAUGGCGAGGAAUAUGGCGGAUUUUAAUAGCUGUAUGAUCGAGUUUCGAAAGCCACCGUUUUCGGUAAAAGUUUGAAGAUUGCUGAAACCCUACACUUUAGCUGAGUACAAAGUGGCGAGUCAAAAGGAUGAAUAUUGUCAGGGUUCGAAUCCGGAAUGGUUCGAUGUUAAAACUACCCCCUUCUCCUCGUAUGAUAUUGCUCGCUCUACAAAUACCACUUUGGCGAUGAUUUCUGCCCUAUCGCGUGUAGAUGCUGGAGAUCUUACUCUUCCCGCUCACAAAAAUGAAGAUUUACUACUCACUGGAAUGAAGAGACACAGAGAUGAUCAGCAGUAUGUGACAGGUACCACAAAACCUAUCAGCGAGGAGACAGAAACUUCUAUUCAGCACUUUUCUGGUACAUCUCCUCAAGGAAGGAAAAGUAAGGAGAGUUGUGAUGAGACAUUACAAAGAAAAACUGUAUCUUUUGGACAAAUUGCAAAACAGAAAUCCAAAUCGGUGAAGCAGCAGAUAAAGGUGCAUUAUAGAGGAGUAAGACAAAGACCUUGGGGUAAAUGGGCUGCAGAGAUCCGCGAUCCAAACAAGGCAGCUCGGAUUUGGCUGGGCACAUUCCACACUGCAGAAGAUGCAGCUAAAGCAUACGAUGACGCUGCCUUAAAUUUCAGAGGUAGGAAGGCCAAAUUGAAUUUCCCGGAAAAAGCCUCCCUCACUUUCACCGAAACCAACAAAAAGCACAGUAUGAAUUCAAAUAAUGAAGAUGCCUUUGAUAAAAGGAGGAUAGAUAAUCCGGCCGCAACCUCAACAUCCACUGAUUCUCCAUUCAUACUCAACCCUCAAAUGUCAACGCCAACUACAAUUGGACGCGGUGCUGCUUCUUCUGACUUUUUUCAACGCGGAUAUUCGUCAGGAUGUUUGUCUCAAUCUCCUGAGCAUAGUUCAAGAGUGGAUCUGCACAAAGCUAAUAGCUUUCUUUCAUAUGAUGCAAUUCAGCAAUAUUCUAGCUUUACAACAUGUCACCUGCAGCAAUUAGACAAAUUUCAGCAACAGCAACAUGAGGUGAUUGUUCCACAACAUUUACCUCAACCAGCCUACACUCUAACACAGGAAGAGGAGAAUCCUUUUCAAGAAACUGCUGUCAUUCAAAUGCCUAUUCAAUCUAACUGUGAAUGCUCAGCGGCUCUUACACCACAUAACUUUCAAUGCAAAGAUCCAUGACAGAACAGGUGAAAGAAAACUCAACACUCUCUUGUAUUUCAGAUACAUUCAACGGUGUGUGUUAUAAAAGUUUGAAUAAACCAAACAUAUAUAUAUCUUUCUACACCAUUAGAAAAUAUGUCAAAAAGGUUUAGUAUUUUAUGUGAUACGAAGGUUUGUCUCUUAAAUCUUCGAGGCUGUACAACGGCAAGUAUGUGUAUAUUAUUUUCUAUUUAUUUCUGAUUUCACACGUUCAACACAAUAUUUCUAGAGAAUGGAAGACGGUGCUAACAAACGGGCUUUUAAGGAGGACUCUGACAGUAGUAUGAAUUGGGGUUUUAACUUGAAGAAUUUUUU